AAAAAUUAUUCUUUACAUUUGCCCUUUCCUAAAAGCCCUAGAUUUCUCCCAAUUUCCCCUUUUCUAGAAAUUCUUCCAUUUUCUCCAUCUCUCCCUCUACUCCAAUCCUUCUCACGAAGUUCUCCACGAUAAGACACUCAGCCCUGUAGGAAGCUUCUUCACGUCAGCCAUCGUGCUGCCCACAGCUCCAGCCGCCCGACCCUCCUGCCUGCCUGCCGCCGUCGUCCAUACGCCUCCAGUCUUGCUGCCGUCGAAUCGCAAAAUAGCUGCCCUAACCAACACAACUACUCACAAUUGAGAACCAAACAAAUGAAGGAAGAAGAAGUAAAUCUCUGCCAAAUUCAAGAAUGGUAUCCCAAAUUCAAAUCUUUCUCUAUCAAAACCUUAAUUCACCAUCUUCCUGAAUCCUUCGUCCAUUACCUUCUCGAUGACUCUUCCCCUUUCGUCCUUCCCCUUUCCAUCUCCAACGAUGAUGCUCUUCCCAACAGAGUCUUUAAUCCCGUAGACGAGCCGGAUUUCCAGUUGAAACAAGAAUCCGAUGACGAUUCCGACCAACCCACUUCCCCUCCUCCUUCCUUCCCUGACCUUGAAUCCGAUGUUAAACACUCCAUUUCCUCUCUCGGAGGUUCCGUCUUCCCAAAAUUGAACUGGAGCGCGCCUAAAGACUCUGCCUGGAUUAGCCCUAAUGGAACAUUGAAGUGUUCUUCCUUCAGUGAGAUUGCUCUCCUACUUCGAUCCUCCGAUUCUCUUGUUCACGAUCUUUGUCAUGCCUAUGAUUCCUGCACCGACAAAUCUUCCUCCAGGCCAUCCAAAUUCUUCCUCGCCCUACGAAAGUGGUACCCAUCCCUUCGGCCGGAGAUGGAAUUUCGUUGCUUUGUUAAGAAUCGGAACCUGAUUGGCAUUUCUCAGCGUGAGGUUACAACGUUCUAUCCUGCUUUAGUGGAGAAGAAGGAGAGGUUGAGAGAAGUCAUACUGGAAUUCUUCAUCGACCAUGUGAAAGCAAACUUCGAAUUGGAGAAUUACACGUUGGAUGUGUAUGUGACAAGAAAUGAAAGUGUUAAGAUAGUGGAUUUUAAUCCAUGGGGUGCGUUUACACUUCCAUUGUUGUUUGAUUGGGAGGAACUGGAAGAAGCACAGAAGGAAGAGAUUGAUUUGAGAAUUGUGGAGUGCCGGAGGGCAGUGAGACCAGGGUUGAAGACGGCGGUUCCAUUUGAUUAUUUGGAUAUGAGUUCUGGAAGUGGUUGGGAUCAGUUCUUGAAGAAUGCAGAUCAAGAAUUUCAGCAGCAAACGAGAGAUGACAAUGAUUGAUUGAUUUGAAUUUCUUUCUACAUUGCUAUGAACAUCAAUGAGUUUGGACUUUCUGUCCCAACUCAUAAGUGUAUGGUGAGAUUGAAUCAUUGAAAUUAUAAGCAAAAAUUUGUCAAUGUCAACUACUUGGAUACCAUAUUUUUUACCAGCAAUAGAUUUUUUUAGCAUCUUCAAA